CCCCAUGCAACUGCAGAGGCUCCGCGCGCUCGAGCCCCUCCACUGCCACUCCCUCUUCUUCGCGGAGUCCCAGGCCACCCACUUCGUCCGCCGGCCCGUCGGCCCCGACACCUGCGCCGCCGUCGUCAAGCGAUGCGGCGGCUCCCUGACCUCCCUGAAGGCCGUCCACGCCGCCGUGCUCCGCGCCCACCUCCACCUCAACCUCACCUUCCUCACCCACCUCGUCGCCAGGUACGCGUCCCUGGGCUCCCUCCCCCACGCCCGCGCCCUGUUCGCGCUGUCGGCGGAGCCCCCCGACGUCUUCCUCUGGAACGUCGUCGUCCGGGGCUGCGUCGACGGCCUCCGGUUCCGCCCCGCCCUGGGCCUCUACGCCCGGAUGCGGGGGCAGGGCAUCGGGCCGGAUAAUUUCACGUACCCUUUUGUCCUCAAGGCGUGCGGGUGCCUCGGGGAUGUGAAGUCCGGGGCUUUGGUCCACCACGACGCGCUGCGAUCUGGGUACGGCUCGGACGUGUUCGUGGGCAACUCCCUCGUGGCCAUGUACGGGAAGUGCGGGCGCGUGGAGGUUGCCAGGCAGGUGUUUGAUAGGAUGCCUGAGAGGAACGUCAUCUCGUGGAGUUCGAUGAUCGGUGCGUGUGCGCGAAAUGGGUGUUACGAGGAUGGGUUGCGCUUGUUUUGGGAGAUGUUGGAUGGGGGAGUCCGUCCGAACAGGGGAGCCGCGGUGGAUGCGAUGGCUUGUGUGCACAGGGAAGCUGAGGCUGAUGUGGUUUGUGGAGUUGUGAAGGAUAAUGGACUUGAUUCAGAUCUCUCUGUCCUACAUGCGGCAAUGGUUAUGUAUGCGAGGUGCGGUAGAAUUGAUGUUGCACGCGCCCUCUUCGAUGGGAUACAUGAGAAGGACUUGGUGUGUUGGUCGUCCAUGAUUGAGGCUUAUGCCAAAGCUGAUAUGCCAUUAAAAGCUUUGGAUCUCUUUAGAGAGUUGUUAUGCUUGUGUAUAUACCCCGAUGCAAUAACAUUACUUAGUGUGCUCCGAGCUUGUUUGGAGUUAGGUUCUUUUUUGCAAGCUUGCACGGUUCAUGUAAUGAUAAUUCGCAGAUUUUUUGAAAGUCAUGUAGAGCUAAAUACUUGUAUGGUAGAUCUCUAUGCCAAAUGUGGAAAUUUAGAGCAUGCUAGGAAGUUCUUUGAUCGGAUGCCUGAGAAGAAUUUGAUAUCUUGGAGUGCUAUGAUAUCUGGAUAUGCGAUGCAUGGCCAUGGUAGAGAAGUACUCCACCUCUUUGAUCAGAUGAAGUUUUCUGUAAAGCCUGACCACAUUGUAUUUGUAUCAGUUUUGUCGGCCUGUAGCCAUUCUGGGUUGCUAAAUGAAGGAUGGGAGUGCUUUGAAUCCAUGAGUAGAGAUUUUGGGGUCACACCAAUACAUGAACAUUACGCCUGUAUGGUAGACCUAUUAGGUCGAGCCGGACAUUUGGACGAAGCAGUGGAUUUUAUUGAGAAAAUGCCAAUAGAACCUGAUGCUGGUGUAUGGGGGGCAUUGCUUGGAGCAUGUCGAAUCCAUAGGGAUGUGGAACGGGCUGAAAAGGCAGCGAAGUUUUUAUUUGAACUGGAUCCUGAGAACUCUGGUCGUUAUGCUGUAUUCUCCAACAUUUAUGCAUCGUUAGGAAAUAAGGAAGAAGCUGAUCAAAUAAGAGACCUUAUGAAAAGAAGAGAAGUGAGGAAACUUUCAGGCCACUCAAUUAUAGAAAUUGGGAACAGAAUCCAUACGUUUGUGGCAGGGGACAGAUCACAUCUGCAAAAAGAUGUGAUCUAUUCAGAAUUGGACAAACUAAUGGCUAAAACUCGGCUAGAAGGGUAUAAGCCAAACUUCCAUGAAGCUGAGGAAGAGAUUAAAGAAAACAUGUAAUAUACGCACAGUGAGAAGUUAGCUAUCAUCUUCGGCAUUCUAAUCUAGCAUCAAGGAGUGUCGUAAGAAAUAGGAAGAACCUUAGAGUUUAUGGCGAUUGCCAUAAUGCUACGAACUUUUCUUCCAAGGUAACUGAAUCAUGGUGACAUUUCGGAUCAAGACUUGUCAUUAUUUAUGAUGAGGCAAAGAUACUUGAAGUCUUCUGUGGCUGGGACAAAUUUAUUUGGCUUAUCAAAAGACUUUUUCAUGAUCUUUUACAAUGUGCAGCCCUAUGCAAAUUAUCCUUAAUAGCCUACUAAAGAUCAGUGAAACUGGAAUAUUUUCUGCAUAGCUUGAACGAGAGUUCUUAUGUGGUCUAUUUUGUUGAACUGCUUACGUGCUUUAUCUUGUGACAGUUAUCAACUUCAGAGCUCAUGGAAUCGAGCAAUGUAAAACUCCAUCUUAAAAAUCUGAAAACACUGGACUUCUUCCUGAAGCUCAUAUCUAAUCACCCGUCAGCUCCUGCAACGAUUUCACCAUGGUUGGGUCAAACUUGCAACAGAAGUCAUAAUGAUGGGAUGGAAUUCUGAUGGAUUCGUCUGAUGCGCUCUCAUGAAGAAAGUUCAAUUUCAGUUGCUGAUCGCUUCUUCAUGGAAUCCCUGUUUGGACAAGUAUAUGGACAAUCGUCUGAUGCACUCUGAUGAAGAAAGUUCAAUUUCAGUUGCUGAUGGCUUCUUCAUGGAAUCCCCAUUUGGACAAGUAUAUGGACAAUCACGUUAUGGGAGUCAUUUUGCCAGUUUUGAAGAAUUGACUGCAUCAAAAGGUGUAUUGUGCGGUUCUUAGUUUUCUGAACCUAAAAGAUGUUGAAAGGGUUGGAUUGAGCCUUGUAUCCAGAAAGAGCUAUGAUCAAAAUCUCUUACUGGGCGAUCCUGCAGAAUUCCAUUGGUUCUGCACUUGUCGGUCAACAUCAUACAUCAGCGCCACAUGAUGUAUCCUAGGAGGUUAACUAUUCCUCUAGUUGAAGAGCAUCUUAGAGCAUCAAUAUAGGAAUUCCGGUUCCUAGACAGGACCUUGCCUCAUCUCCUGAAACAUGGCAUUGGAGGAACUAAUUACUUGCCGCUGGAUGCAUAUCAUCUGUGUUCAUCACUUGUGAUCAGUGGGCCCUACUAAGUUCUGGAUAUGCUAGUAAAGCUGCAGUUCACCAUGAAUUUGUCUUGAUUACCAGUUCGAAAUUCAGGGGCGUGGUAAUUGUGAGAACCCCACUUUGAUUUGUUAUGUUAUACAUACUGAUGGUCAAUAUCUAGAUACGGUACUGCUAGAUGACCCAUUCUUCAUUCCUUUUCCAGGAAAAGAAGAAGAAGAAGAAGAAGAAGAAGAUAGAAAGUUGCAUUAUGUAUAUAUUGGGUGCUUAGAGUCAAUGCAAAAGAAUACAAUGAGAAAAUUCAUUAUGUGUACAUAAUGACCAUCUCUCUGGCUUUUAUUUGUUUCCCAACAAAUGUGAUGAGAUAAUACAGAGCA